AUGAGCGCCACCCACGAUCGCCAUCCCACCUUCAAGGCAAGCUUCGCCGAGAGAGCCAACAAUGCCUCGCAUCCGCUGUCCAAUUACCUCCUGCGCUUGAUGGAACUGAAGAAGUCAAAUCUAUGUCUGAGUGCCGAUGUCACAAACGCCCGCGAACUUCUUCAAUUGGCCGACGACAUCGGCCCGUCCAUCAUCCUACUUAAGACACAUUAUGACCUUGUUGCCGGGUGGGACUACCGUCCCAAGACCGGAACGGGCGCGAAGCUGAAUGCACUUGCGAGGAAGCAUGGGUUCCUGAUCUUCGAGGACCGCAAAUUCGGCGACAUUGGCAGCACGGUUCAGGCGCAAUACACGGCGGGCACCGCUCGCAUCAUCGACUGGGCUCACAUCGUAAAUAUCAACAUGGUGCCGGGCAAGGCAGGGGUUACUGCCCUCUCGGAAGCGGCCAAGCGGUGGCGGUCGCGCGUCAACUAUGAAGUGAAGACGUCCGUCAGCGUGGGGACCCCGAUGUCUGACUCUUUCGACGAUAAUGCAGAUGAUGAAGACGAGGAGCACCAACUCGCGCCCAUGGACCCCCCAGCGCCACCUCACCACCACCAACAAAAUGGAAGAAAGGGAAGCAUCGUAUCCAUCACUACCUUGACGCAAUCGUUCGAGCCGGUCGACUCGCCACGCUUCUCCAACGCUAUAGCCGAAGGCGAGGAGUCCUCGGCGGGUGCAGGGAUCGAGGAGCCUCCCUGGGAGCGUGGACUUCUGAUACUGGCACAGAUGUCGACCGAGGGCAAUUUCAUGACGCCAGAUUACACGAAAGCCUGCCAGGAAGCAGCUAGAGAAAACAAGGAUUUCGUUAUGGGCUUCAUCUCGCAAGGCACCUUGAACAGCGAACCGUCAGACGACUUUCUCUCAAUGACGCCCGGCUGCCAAUUACCUCCCGAGGGAGAAGAGGACGAUGGCGUCGUUGCGGGUGACGGGCUGGGCCAGCAAUAUAAUUCACCGACGAAGCUCGUGGGUCUGAGCGGCAGCGACAUUAUCAUUGUCGGACGGGGCAUAUUCAGGGCGGGCUCUCCCAUGGCGGAAGCCGAACGGUACCGACGGAGAGCGUGGAAGGCGUACCUCAAACGGAUAGGGAAGCAAUAA